CAAACUUAAGACAUGAGUGGAUUGUAACCUAAUUUAAAAAAUGGCGCUGACGGUGAAUGCCGCUGCGCGAGUAUGGAGUCCCUUCAAGGAUCUGCAGGUGGUAGUGGAGGCGGCCAUUCACAAGAGACAGACAGACGCAGUGCACGAUCUAGAGGUUAUGCUGAAGAAGCACAAAACAGACUUCCUCUCCCUGCUGAAAAACAUUCCAAAAAAUCUCACCCACCGAGAGGCGGUGAAGAAGUCUGUGACAGUGGGUCUGCAGGUGCAUGGGGAGCAGCGUACGCAAACGUUCCCUGUGGAGGUGAUUGAGGAGGCCAUAAUCAUCAGUGACCUCUUUGACCUCAAUGAAUACGCCGCCCUGGAACUCCUGCUGGCAGGUGAAGACAACAAGCCAGAUUUCCCAGGCCUGACCCGUGGGUUGGUGGCCGUGCUCCUGUACUAUGACGGGCGACGCAGCCUUGUGACUGCGCUGCGCACUCUGAUCCUGGCCCUAGAGGGCCGCACAUGGACCCUCGGACUCCCUGCGGACCUAGCCCACCUCAUCAAUAACUACGUGCAGAAACUGGUGGAGGAGAACCUUACCAACAAGAUUCUUGGUGUUCUGAAAACAAUGAAUUUAACAGCAGAAAUAGACAAGCUUCAAAACAACAGAGCACUUGGACCACCAAAGCAUAGAAAACAGGUGUCUGACAUGUAUGAGGAGAUACAGGUGACCUGCGCCGAGUGCCUGUUCAGUCUCGCCUGUCAGAGACCGCUCAGCAAGGAUGACACACUCCAGGUGAUCUCCCAUCUGAAGGGAGACAAUUUACUGGCGGCUGAUGGGACCCUUAGUCCAGUAACUCUUGCCCUGCUCAUGGCCCUGCUCUAUUGCUUUGAUGUGUCAGUCUUGGAGAAGGAAGAUGCUGAAGAGGUGACAGGCAGCAUGCCAGUGUUUGGUGACCCAAGCUACGUGGCUGACAUUCACAAGGAGCUCAGAGACACCUCUGGAUGGGGGGAGCCUGGGCUGGGGACAGUGGCCCAGUUUGCCUGGGGUGUCAUGCUGAGGCAGCUGUCACAGUAUCCCAUGGCUGCAGGUGCCAGUGAGUUUUAUGAGGAAGACGAGACAUUCAUGGAUACAGCCAUGGCGGCUCAUGUGUUCUGCUUCCUGGACAAGUCCGUAGUCAGUGUGGACAAGCUGCAUAAGGAGGAGUUCUAUGUGAGAAGACUCCAUGGCCUCGUCACUGACUUCAUUUACCACAUGCCUCUCAAGGUGAAGGAGAUCCGUAACCGUGGGGAUGAGACGGCCCGGAUCUUGAUGGCCCAUUUGCAGGAGGGACAGGAUCCCCCUGGCAACCUAAGACGAGACUUCGAGGAACUGCUCUCACUGAUCUGCUCCCUGUAUGAGAAGGAUCCCCUACAUCUGGACCUGGCCCUUGACUUCUGGUGUCCCCCGGAGCCCCUCAGUCAGCAUGAGUCCUUCCACCACAGACCCCCUCAGAGACAGGUUGCGUUGUACAAGUUCGUGAGGAUGGCAGGGGACCUGCUGCCAGCAACUCUGUAUGUGCCGUACAUCAAGAUGCUGACAGGGUUGGCCUCCACCACACAGAGUGCCCAGCACUGCUAUAACCUGCUCAAGAUGAACGGCAACACAUCAAGCCCAGUCUCCUGGGACCACAUCUUCACCUCCCUGAACCAGUACUUCUCCAGCCUGCGCCGUGAGACUCCGACCUCGGGCGACCAGUCUGUGUCAUACCGGAUGCACAGUCGGGCGAUCACACCCCAGGAGCUGGAAGGCCUGCAGUCUGUACUGGAGCUUGUCAGGAGAGUCUGUGAACAGAAUGAGAACUGUCGAAUCCUGGUGUGUGAGAACCAGCACUGGUCCGUGGUGAUGCUGCUGUUUGGACUGGUGAGUUGCAGCGUUCCGCCCCACAUGAAGUCUGUGCUGCUACGUACUCUCACAGCCCUGGCACGGACUCCUGAGAUUGCAGCAACUCUCUGGCAGACCUUGGAGGCUUCUCAGAUCCUGGUAACGAUUCCCUCGAGCCUUGGCCAGAGUUCUGGUGGGUUCAAAGUGGAACUGGAAGAGGUGGAGUCAAGAAAUGAAGAGUAUCCAAUGACACGAGCCUUCCUUGAGUUCUUGACAGUUCUUACCGACACUCCUGUACCUGCUGCUCUCGGGGCGGGACUUAGAUCCCCGGGAAUAGACCCCUACCUGGCAUACAUUCGGGAUGACGUGCUGCUGAGGUUUGGCACUCGAGCAUAUGUGAAUUCUGGGGAAAAGUGGGAGAUUGCAGCCUCAUGCCUGGGCAUCCUCCACAAGCUCCUGCAGGAGUACGACGUGCAGGCAGACCACUUUGUAGAUCAGGUGGUGGAUGGACCUGCCGGUCAUGUGCUCGCUAACAAACCUGCUGGCUUCACCAUCCUACUGCACAUGCUCAGGGAUAGCCGUCUCUUCCAGAUGGUGGUGCGCAUACUUGAUGACACAAUGAAGCAUUUUGAGACCUUCACUUCCACUGCUGGUCAGAAGCAUUUGGAAAGGUCGGCAUUGCUAUGCCUACAGUUGCUAGGGGAAAGCAUGGUCAAGGAGGAUGAGUUUGUUGCUAUGGUGAGGGAGUCUGGCGCCUCUAUCCUGGUUACGCCCCUAAACAGGCUUCUGCUGAGUAUCAACCCACGCACUGGCAAGGCAGACUUUAUUGUCACCAUCACCAAGUACUUGAUGUUCAACAGUACAAUGCCAGAACACGCUCUGUCGGCCAUGAGGAUUCUUUACAUGGUCUGCAAGUCAGGCCCCAUACAGGCAGAGUUGAUCACUCUCUACACUGAACACAGGGAGACCAACGAGCUACUCCUUCACGGGUUUGUUGAAUGCCUUGAAACUGAUGACGCAGAAGAUGACCAACAGACGGAAAACGAAAUUGCUGAGCAGGAUUCUGAAACCAGUCUAGCCAAGACCCGCAUCUCAACCAGGCAGCACCUGCUAAAGCUGCUGAUUAGCUCCCUUGAUCUGCCGGCUCCCAACCUGGCUCAUUAUCUGCUGGGGUUUGAGAUCCGGAAACCAGUCAGCAAAACAAACCUUCAGGAUCAAGGCAUACUCAGUUCCCAGAAGACUUGCCUUCAUUCCAUCCUGGCAAUUCUUACCAAGGGAGUUGGUUCCAGCGGGAAUGGGCCCCAGUGUCUAGUGGACACCCCCACCCUUGCGGAACUCUGUUACAAGCUCAUCUACCUUUUGUCGGCCAACAAGGACACUUCCCUCCCCACCCUACGGUACCUGCGCACAUCACAUGACUUCCUGUACAGACAGAUCCAGCAUCUACCAUACGAGCAGAAAAACUACAAGCACCCUGUGGCGCGCCACCAAUCCUGGUUGCUGAAGACAGUGGCUGUGGAGCUGAGAGUUACCUCCCUGAACAGACAGCGCUCACACACCCAGCGCCUAAUGAAACUCAUACUGGAUGACUUUGAUGAGGACCAGACAUACGUGCUGCAGCCAGUGGGUGGCGCAGAUGAGUCGGAGCUGCUGUCCUCCAGACUGGCAGACAUAAACCAGUCCUCACAGUACUCCAGGAAUGUCAGAGGGCGCCAGUACCGGCGUCGUAUAAUGAGUAUCCUGGACACCCUCAGCUUUCACCAGCAGUAUCCGGAACACAUGAACCUGGAGUUCUUUGACACAAACCUCAUUCAGCAGGUUGUUGGUAGCACUGAAAGGAAAGAUGAGGAUGGGGUGACGUUCUACGAUGUGAAGACUCUCCACAGGAUCCUGCUGAACGAACUCAACAACCUGCAGGGAACCACAAUGGCUGGGCAGAGGCAGAGAAUACUCGAGGAGAUUGAGGAUAUUCUGCGAAUGGUGAUUGAGCGUAACAAGGUGUGCCAAAGUCUGUUCUGCAAGCAGCAGGGGUUUGACUCGUGGAGGCAGGUGGUUGAGGUUAUACUGUCAGCCUGCCCUGCUGACCUGCUCCAGGGAGAGACCAGGCAGACCGUGCUGUUUGAGAUACUGCAGGACCUCCUGAAAAAGGUUGCAGACGACAAUGCCCUUCCAGAGUUAACUGCCCCUGUGUCUGGUGUCCUGCUAACCCUGAUGGCCAACCUUCGCCAGUGCUUCAUGACGCAUGACGAGUUGCCUAGUGACCAAGAACGGCGCGACCUUCAAUACGUGACCUUGCUGGACAGGUCUGCAGGGGUCAGCAACACAGCCGUGUCCUGGGACAAGGGGUCAGGGUCAAGGACACUGUUUGCAACCUCACUGCAGAUGGUUUUGAAGGGACUGAUCGAGCACACCCUGAGAUGCAGUGGAGCCCAGCAGAGGGUGAGGGCCAGACUGUAUGGAGCCCUGCUGUACUACCUGCAGAUAGCCAGCAAACCCAAGAGUUCACAGGCACAUCUCCAAGAGGAGCCCAGUGGUGGCGUAGAGUCUCGUCUACUGGCGGCCUCUGACACAGAGUUUGAUCAGCUGCGCAGGGAGAACAUCGCCACCAUCCUCACCUACGGGGACAGCUUCAUGGACCUGCUGUGUAGGGACGCAUGUGACGGGCUGGAUGUGGGCAGGAUGCUGGCCCUGUCUGUACUGGACUGUAUCCUAAUGAUGGACAAGUUCAACCAGUGGCUGUCCUUCAUCACCUCCAAGGGUUACCUACAGCACCUUGUGGACAGCCUGGCAGUUGACGAUGAGAAACUCAUGGCUCUCCUGGGUGGAGGUGUGAACAACCUCAAAGUGCUCUACUUGUACGAGUCCAAACUGAGCCUGUUGACCCGUGUGGCCGAGACAGCAGUAGGGGCCACAACUCUUCUGAGAUGUGGGGUCAUGCAGAAACUGGCAGAGUGCUCCUUCUUUGAUAUGAGGCCUGACAUGGACAGAUCCCAGUCUGUGUACAAUACUGAAGAUGACUUCCUACCAGAUCCGGUAUCCAGGUACAGGCACCUGCUGUUCACUAGCCUGCGCUUCUGUCUGGCCAUCCUGACAUCUCUCGGGUCGGAGAACAGGGAGGCUGGAACACAGGUAAUGCAGUUCAUCAUCUCCCACGGCGACAUCUUCCACUCCAUCCUGCUGGACCGUAGGCUGACCUUGAACCUUCAUGCCCUACAGGAGCUUGCACUCACCACAGCUGUCAUAUGUCGGGCCAACAGUCAAGAGGAAGAACAGUACGCAGAGGUUGACUCGGCAGAGAUAGAGUUCCGUGGUCACAAGCUGCGUAUCCAGCGUCACAUGGUGUCCCUGCUCCCUAAGUACUGCGUCUCUGAGAAGCUUACCAAGCAGCUAAAGAACCUUGAUGUACCUGCAGACGAUCGUGUGGACGUCUGUGCAAAAGUGACGCAAGCGUAUCUAGAAGUAGCAACCAAUGUGACGUCAUUCUGUCGGGCACUAGUGUCUAACUCUGGUCCCAAUGUUCAGUACUGUAGGGUGUUGUUCUGGCCAAACAUGGAGGAAGCCAUGGUCAGAGAUCUGCAUGGAAGUGGAGAUUUCUCGAUGUCCACUCUGAGUCCUGCCCAACUGCCUAACCUGGGAAUUGUGGUGUACGAGUUGAAGCAGUGCACCAACCAGUUCCUGGCGGUGUAUGAGACAAGGAAACUGCACCUGAGCAAACUGCAGGGCCUCUCUGAGCUCAGUGUGGAGGACUUGAAACAGUUUUCUGGUAUAGCUGAUGGAGAAAAGAUGUCGUCCCAGCAGAGACAGGGCCUGGCCAGGAGGAAGCUGUCCCAGAUCAUAGCUUACAACUACAGGGAGCUCCAGGCAUACUCAUUCAUCAUAGAGAACACGUUGUUCCUGCUGUGGCGCCACCUUGAGUACUACCUGCUUCACUGCGUGCCUAGCGACCGUGGGGCAACCCAGUUCCAGGCGCAGGCUAGACGCCAGGCACAGAUCAGGAGGCUCCAGGACUCUAUUGGUCUUGGUUCUUCCCCAAGCCAGACUGGUAGUGGUGACUCGGUGGGCUUGAGUUUUGACCUGGACGACUCGAGACGUCAUGUUCGUCAACAGGACAUAGAGGCACUCAAGCAGGCGGCGCUUACCGUUUGCAGCGAGUCACUAUUCAAGAAGAUACUGGAAAUCAAUCAGACAUUCUGCAAAAGUCGAAGCCACUAUGGUUUUGUUGAGGCUGUGGUCCGCAGAAUAAGACGCCUACUUCGCCUGCACACUGGCUCUUGAGUACUCGAACAUGGCCGUCACUGAAUUGAGCCGCAUUCUGAGAAAACUGGGCUUAAUGCAUAUGCUCAACGUUUUGUCCCAGAUUUGCCGGUGCAGGUUAAUCAAGGAUGAAACUUUUUGCUUAAAGUGGAUUUUGUUAAGCAGAAAUUUCCUUUAUAUCAAAAUUUUAAAUAGCCUGUGCUGACUGUAUAGGCUAAUCUGGGACGAAACUUUACAGUAUAUGAAUUAAAUUACUUCAACUGCACACUGGCUCUUGAGUAUAGGAACAUAACUGUCACCAACUUGUGAAGUUGUUAUGAAAGUACCUCUGUUGUUUUGUGUUAUUGAUAAACUGUAUGAACAUCAUUAUCAGAUUUAAAGUUGCUAUGGCUAUUACAUUGUGAACUUAUUUUGAUAGUAUAACAUUUGUUGAAAUCUGAGUAAUUUUGAAACCGACACUAAGAAACAAAUUCGACAAUAUCACAACGUGCAAAAGGGGAUGAUUAUACAAUGUAACAAUUAUUAUAUGUUCAGUUAAUUUUUACCCCUAAAGUAAAUUAAUUGUCCUACUGAAACAUGUACAAAAAACAUGUUUUUGUAGACUAAUGUGUAAAACUCAAAAUAUAUGUUUAACAUUUAGUAUUUUUGGUAUUUGAAAGAUAUAUGUUUCAACUGAAAUAUUAAUAGUGCAUGAGACAAGUUCUGUUAUUAUAUAUUUGAACCAUUUCUUGAAAUACUACAUUUAAAUCAUUUGCCAUGUUAUUUAACUAUUUAUUUAGAAAAAAACAACAACAUCAAACUAUGCUGAUUAUUGAUUCUUAUUAAGGUGUAAACCCCCCAUAUACAUGUAUAUAUAAGAAGUGUGCAUAGUCUUUUUCUUCAGAAUGGGAAAUACAUUUAUGUUAAAUAACUAUGAUAUACAAUAUUAUACUAAAAUUGUUUUGCUAUGAAAUUUGUCAGAUGAAUAACUGCAUUUUUUCAUACCCUUUGUACUUGAAUGUCAUGCAUAGACCUGGACUAUUGUGUCUGUCAUCAGGUUGUAGAAAACAGUCAUAUUAAUUACCACAUUCACAUAUUAAUAUUUGUUAAAAAAUGCAUUCACAUCUACUUUUUUUAUAUUGACAAGCUUAAUUAAUAAUGCACACCUAAUUGCAUCUGAACUGAUUGUGUUCUUAUAAAAGUUCUUAUAAAUAAAUGUGACUGAAUUUCUA